AUGAACUCUAAUUAUCGCUAAAACAAUUUUAUAGACCAAGCAUAAGGCUUUGCCAGAAACAAUUAGGCUUAAAAUGAUCAAUCCUUUAAAUAAGCACCUAUAUUUUAGUCUCCUACUUCAAAUCCAUAUUUAAUUGGAAAUCCAAACAUACCAAAUAUAUAAUUAAAUCUAAAUUAGAAUUAAUAGAAUUAUCCUAUUUAGCGUAAUUCACAUUAAUCAAAUAAUUCUGGUAAUGCUAGCGUAGUUUCAUAAGACUAAUAAAUGAUGUAAAUGUUUAAUAAUAUGAUGAAUUUUUUUGUCGAGAAAGGCAUGGUAGAUCCUAAAUAAUUAAAUUAAAUGACACCUCGUACUAAAAACAAUAUAGAAUAAAUGUAUAGACAAGAGCAAUAAAAUUAUUUUAUGCAAUAGAUGCAGUCUAUUAACAAUUUCUAUUAGCAGUUGAAUACUUAAAACACCUAUGAUCCACAAGAUUAUCAGUAACAAGCAUCAAGAAAAGAUGUAAAUCAAUAACAGAGAUAUCCUCAUUUAUAUUAACCGCAUUAGCAUAGUGGAUAAAAACAAUAGCAAUUUCAAGGUAAUGAAAUGAAUUAUUAUUUAAAGAAUAUUCAGUCACCUUCUUCAAAUAAGAACUAAAACUACUACCAGUAAAUACAGCAAAUGUACGGGUAGAAUUUAGCUAAUUAAAGUUUAGAUAACGUAAGCUCUAUAAGUGGAGGUGAAUAAAGUAAUAACUUUAUUCCAAAUCCAAUGAAUUAUAAUAUAAAUGGGAGUAAUGUUUACCAGAAUCCACAUUAUAUCAAUUUAAAUAAUUCUUUGGAAUAGCAAUUAUAGUAUUAAAAUUACAUGAAAAAUGGUUCACCAACAAGCAACAAUUAAAUAUAUAACUACAAUUAUAAUUAAGGCAAAGUACUUAAUAUUGAUAAAAACGAAAGAAGUCAAGAUUAUAUCAAUAGUAAUGGAUAAAGAUUAAAUACUGUUGAGGAAGGAGAUGCAGAGAAAAAUAUAUACAAGUAAUAAGAAUAGUAAAGAUAUCAAUAAUAUCUCAUUUAGUAAAUGCAAGAAUAAUAACAGCAGAAUUAGAAAUAGAGAAGAUUGCUAGAUUAUGAUGAAAUUUUUAAUCUUAGCUCUAAUUAGGGAGACAGUUUAGCCAAUACUUAAAACAUGGCAAAUACAUAAAAUAUGGCAACAAAUUACGACAAUAUGCAAAUAAAUACAAAGUAUCAUCAAGAUAAUUUAAAAGCAAACUAAAAUCCUCUUUAAGUUGAAUAAGGACAAAGCUUAAGAGAUUUCGAUGAUCAACCUAUACAUUCUAUGGGUGCAACAAAAAAUUUUGAAGAGCUGAUCGAAGAAGAAAUGAAAAAAAAUAAUCUUAAAUAUGAAGACAGGUUUUUGAAUACAGAAUAAGAUAAACCCCCCAAAAAAAGAGGAGAUACUCCUUAGUUUAGAGAAGGAUCAGUGGGUAAUACAUCAAAAAGAAAUAAAACUGAAUCUCCCUAAAGGUUUUUAAAGUAAGGAGAAGGUAAAGGAGGUAGAACUACAAGUGUUUCUAUCAAAGACAAGAAUAAUAAAAAGUCAGGUUCAAAGAAAAGAAAAUAAGAUUCAAUUGAUGAAAGCCUUUAAUUCUAAAAAUUUGAGGAGAUUUUAUAGGAGAUUUCUGAAAAGAAAACAGACAUUUCUACUGACGAUAUUUUAAAGAUUUAGUAAGAGGAGUAAAAUAUUAUUGAAAUAAGGGGAGAGAAGGUGAGAUUAGACAAUAUAGAAAUAAGUGAAUAACUAGAAAAAGUUCUAAUUACUAAAUAUGUCAAUAACAAAAUAGAUGAUUUAAAUUUUUACAUAUAAAAGUUUUAAGCCAAUUACCAAAAAGCUAGAGUUUUUAAGUAAAACUAUGAGGAAAAUAUCAAAAAGUUUGAUUUAAUGAAAUAGAAUUAUGAGGAAAAGAUGAAAAAAGAAAGAUCUGAGUUUGAGGAUUACAAAGCUGAAUAAAAAAAGUUAAUAGAAGCUGAAUAUCGCUUGCUUAAAAAGCUUUAAUAAGAAAAAUUAACUUAAGCUAGUGCUAAUUAAAAACCUAAAGAUUAAUCUGCAGACAGGGAUGAAGAAGGCACAAUGAAAUCGCUACUUAGGUAUAAAGAAGAAGUGAAAAGCUUAAGAGAUAAAUUAGGUAGGCUUUAAUUCGAUUCUAAAAAGAAAAUCGAAGAAUUGCACCUAUCAUUAAAUAACACAAUCAAAGAUAACAGAAAACUUAGAAAAGAAUUAAAUGUUUUAAAAAAGCAGCUUGAGUAAUGUGAAGAUCUUAAAUACAUUGUUAGUCCAGCUUAAACUAUCAAAGAAGACCCCUCUGAAGACCAAGAUAAAUCUUCAAAUGAAAGAGAAAAGAGUUAAGAAAGGAAAAGUACAAGUUAAGAUUAAAACAAAAUACAAGAAAUUAAUGGAAUAAAAGAGCAAACCCAUCAGAAUGGAAAAGUAGAGAAAAAAAAUUUGAAAAAUCGUUAACCAUCACCUAAAAGCAGUAUCAUCAAUAUUCCCGCUUAAAAAAAGUAAUCUGAAAAAAUAAAUGAGAGUGUAGAAAGGCUGUCUAAUUAAGCAAAAAAAGAAGUAGAAAAGUAAACAACAACUGAUUUAAAAUAAACACAAAAUGGUAAACAAAGUGAAAUAUCAGCUAAAAAAGGCUAAAAAUUAUCAGAAAAUUUAAAAGAGCAAACUAGUAAACUUAAAAGUUUGAUAAAUCCAAAAAGCAAUAGCUAUAAAACGCCUAAAUUAAAUGAAGAGUAAAAAUAAUAAAAUCUCCCUUAAGAAUAAAAUGAUGUAAAAGAGCAAAAAAAGAAUAUUCCUAGAUAGUAGCCAUCGUCUGGAAGUAAAAAUGAAGUGAAAUCAUCCGCAAAUGGUUUGCAAACCCUAUAAAAUGCUUAAUAAGAAAAAAACAAUAGUACUACUGUCAACACUAAACCUAGCUAAAUAAAGAAAAUUCCCUUAUCUCGUUAUUAAUCUCUGAAAUAAUUCACAAUUGAAGAGAUUGGAAAAAACAUUGAUAUUUCAGAAUUUAAAUACUCAACCAAUAAAUAUUAUAUUAAAUAUUAACAGUUUUAAGAUUAAACCAAGAAAGCUUAGCAUGUAGAAAGUAACAAAGAUGGAUCUGUUGUAAGCACUUAUGAAAAAGGUAUUAAAGAGAUCAUUUAUAAAAAUAAAACAAAAUAAGUAAGUUUUAUUGAUGGCUACUAAAUUGUAAUUUUUCCAACUGGAGAUAUAAAAUAAGUAUUUCCAAAUAACAUAGAGUAGUAUUUCUUCAGCAGUAAUGAGGCUACAUAGACUACACUUUUAGAAGGAUAAACAAUUGUGUUAUUUUCUAAUAAUUAAAUUGAACUUACACUAUAGAAUGGAUAAAAACAGAUUAGGUAUCCUGAAGGUAUUAUGAAAAUUAAUGAAUAAAAUGGUGAUGAAAAAUUAAUUUAUCCAAAUGGAAUAGUUGAGACAAUUAAUGCUAAUAAAAUAAAGACAAUUAAAUACCCUGACGGAACAUCAUUUAUCCUGAUAAUACAGUGGUUUAAGGAGAUGAUUUAGCCUAAAACUGAUAACAUAUUAGAUUAAAAUAUUUAUAAAUUUUUAAUAAAAUUUUAAUGGAGUAUAUAUAUAAUAUUAAAUUUUAAAUAUUAAUAAAAUAUAUUAGUAAUUAUAUUAGAAUAUAUUUAAUUUUUAUAUUUACAUUUGUUUAUAGCGUAUAGUAUAAUAUCAUUUUAACUCUUCACAAGAUAUAUCAAAAAAUGGCAAUUAAAUAAUUGA